AUGAAUAAAAUAAUUGGUGGAAGAACAGCAUACAUUGAUGAAUUUCCGCAUCAAGUUAGUGUGCUCUAUCGUGAACAUCACAUGUGUGGAGGAAGUAUUUUAACAAAUAAUUAUGUUUUAACAAGUGCCACUUGUAUUAUGUAUGAUUUAGUUGUAGUAACUGCAAAUCUUCGUAUAUUUACUGGAACGAAUGAUAGAUUACAACGUGAUUUUACAGGACAAUAUCACAAUGUUGCACUGAUAAUUUAUAAUCCACUAUAUUCACCAAGAUUAUUUUGGCACAAUGAUCUUGCAAUUUUAAAACUCGAGACACCAAUUAUUUAUACAAGAUAUUCACUAAAUCCCAUUCCUGUUCAUACACAGGCUUGUGCAAAAACAGAACAUCAAACAAUAUCUGCUACAUUGGGUGAUGGUGGUAGUGGAAUGGUUUCAAAUAAAUUCAAAACAAUCGUUGGUGUUAUCUCUAUCAUGUUCGUCAACAAAGCUGAUACAAUUGUGUUUACUGAUGUUCAUUUUUACAAAGAUUGGAUUAGAAAUACAAUAUCACAAUAA